CAUGGACGGCUCGGAUCUCCCACCUUUCGUUCUGUGCUGGAGAGGAUUCCAACCCUCGCCUCCGUCCAAGUACCGAGGAGUCAAGGGAUAGCGCUCGUCGGAUCCUUCCGGUUCUCGUACAGUUUGGGAGAGGAUCUAGAUUCGGAGGUGGUGCGGCGGGGCGGCCAUGGCGGAGGAUCUUGUUCUGGACACAGCGAUAAGGGAUUGGGUCCUCGUGCCUCUGUCGGUGGUGAUGGUGUUGAUCGGCGUCCUCCGCUACUUCGUGUCCAAGCUCAUGCGGUCCCACCAGGCCCCCGACCUCAAGGUCGUCAAGGAAGGGCAAGUAAUUCUGAGGGCGAGGAACUUGAGAGCCGCAGCUGGAUUCAUCCCGGCCAAGUCUUUUCGGGCCCGGAAGAUUUAUUACACCAACGAGGAGAAUGGCUUACUGCAUGUUCCCAAAGGCCAGGCUCAAAAUGCACAGGCUCAGAUGUUUUCAGACCCAAACUUAGCUAUGGAUAUGAUGAAGAAGAACCUUUCAAUGAUCAUACCACAGACACUUACAUUUGCAUGGGUGAACUUUUUCUUCUCUGGUUUUGUGGCAGCAAAAAUACCAUUUCCCUUGACCCAUAGAUUUAGGGGAAUGCUGCAGAAUGGAAUCGAUUUAAGCACUGUCGAUGUGAGCUAUGUCAGCAGUCGUUCCUGGUACUUUCUAAAUUUGUUUGGACUAAGGGGUUUAUUCAGCCUAAUUCUGGGUGAAGAGAAUGCUAUGGACGACACGCAGCGGAUGAUGCAAAUGAGCGGAUUUGGUUUUGAUCCAACAAAGAGCUUGGGUGCGGAGAAGGAUAGCAUUGACAUCAUUCAGCACGAUUGGGCACUGCCCAAGCUGGAAAAACGUGCUGAGGAUGUGUUGAAGAAACUAGUUAAGUAGACUGAGUUAUAGCUUUACUUAUUCCAGGGAGAUUAUGUUAAUGAACUUCCAAAUUUGGUUUCAUGUGACUAUUACUGUUAAGAGGCAAUUCUUCUGGGCUCAGCUAUUAAAGAAAUGCACUAUAUUAUGCAGUAAAAAUGUCCAUAAUAAUUUUAUCGAAAAUUAAUUUGUCA